CCCGCUGGAAGUGUGUGUUGUCCUCCCAAACUACGUCCGUGGUGUCGGUUUUGGGUGGGGACAGGCGAGCGAGCGAGAGAGAGAGAAGUGUUGUGGAGGAAAGGGUGGGGGAGGAAGAGAGAGAGAAGAGGAAGGCGGGGAGAAGGGUAUUGGUGGAAAAAGGUGCUGCAAGGAGAGGGGUGUGUGUGUGUGAACGAAACGGGGGAGAGAGAGGGUUUCACGGGGGAUUGUAGGAGAGGCGCUCGACGUGGAAGGAGAGAGAAAGAACGCGAAGCCCCUUUAGAUACGCCAGCAAUUGUCGGGGGGGAAGUCAUGUAGCUCAAGUGCCAAGCCGCUUUUCCCUUUUCACGCACAAAUCAUCAUCGUCAUCGCCAGAGCGGUGCAGGAGAUAAGCCAUCGCUAUGAACUCCUACUACACCAACAACCUGCCGCCACCGGCCUUGCAGCACUACAGUGCUGGUGGGGGCGGUGCUGGAGCAGGAGCUGCGUCCGGAGGCGGUGUACCCAUGGAUGUUGGCGCCGGUGCUGGUGGUGGUAGUGUUGUCAGUGGCUGUGGUAGUCCGACGUCCGGAGUGGAUGCCUCGACGGCUGCGACGACGUACAGCGACAGCGGCGGUGGCGGUGGUGGAGGUCGGAAGAUGGAUCUGUACCUGCCCCAGCAGUACCUGGCCGGACACCACUACGACCACUGCGGUCCUGGUUUCUCACCUGGCCCGCCGCCGCCGCCACCACCGCCGCUGCCGCCACCCGUGCGGUACUACGACAUCUACGACCGGGUGGACACCCGCCUGCCGCACGAUGCGGAGCUGGCGUCCAAACAGCAGGAGCAGCUGCAGCAGCUGGAAGACUCCCGACCGCAACCUCAGCAGCAGCCACCGCCAGCGCUGCUGCACCAUCACCAUCAUCACCACCAUCAACAACAGCAGCAACCACAACAGCAACACCAUUCUCAUCCCCAUCACGUCCACCAUUCUAGUCCACCGCUUCCUCAGUCACAACAUCCAUCCCAACAACAACAGCAACACCAACAUCAGCAACCCAUGGACAACUGUACCUCUCCUGUGCCCCAACAGUACAGCGCCUAUCAUGGCGCACUGCACGGGGGCGGUGGUGGAACGGUCGGUGCACCCGUUGCCAUGGAUUCGUACGGACAUUAUGACUCUCGCUUGAUGGACUGCAAGCCCGGACUGACUGAGGAAUGUGCGGGUUCCAAUCCCAUGCCCUCUUUCAUGUUUCCGCAGCAUCAGCAACAUGUUGCGCCCAUGGUGGAGGUAAACGGACUGGGGAACGGGUAUGCAGUGAACCCGUGCAUGAGUCCCAUGUCUGGAACCAACAUGGCUAUCUACCCUUGGAUGAGACCAGCAAAUGGAGAGGUUCACUUCGAGCAGAAGCGCACGCGGCAGACGUACACGCGCUACCAGACGCUGGAGCUGGAGAAGGAGUUCCACUUCAACCGUUACCUCACGCGCAGGCGCCGCAUUGAGAUCGCACACAUGCUGGGGCUGACGGAGCGACAGAUCAAGAUUUGGUUUCAGAAUCGUCGGAUGAAAUGGAAAAAGGAAAACAAUCUUCAGAAGCUGACCGGUCCGGACAAGUCCCUCAAGGUGGAGCCGGCGUCUCCAGAGAAUGUCCAAGGAUCCAGCGGAUAACUUCUAGGGAUCCUGGCGUCCAUAUGGUGUAGACUGUCCGUUCCCAGUGAUUCCCAGUGAUAGCUGACUGUAGUUUCCAUCCGCCGCUUCCGGUUGCGCAUGGGGAAGACGUUAGGUAACGGGACGCAACUUACUUCCGGUCACUUGGUGUGCACGUGAUGGUGCACAUGAGCACUCUGACUGAAGAGUCGUGUGAAAAGGUGAGAUUUCUGGCAAUGUCUGUUCUGUUUGCUCACUGUACUGAGCCAUGCCCUGAACGUGGAUUCAUUUCGAGGCUGGAGAAAAGUUCUACGAUGACAGUGAAGGAAGCUCAAUGGUUUCUGUGAACGACUACCUAGAUUUUUGUGACCAAGGGAGGACCGGAAAAACGCAAUUUAUAUUGCGAUAUCAAACGAGAAUAGAGACCCACAGGUAUCUGGGCCAGGAAAUAAACAUGACAACUCAUCCAUGUAUAUGUACGGUAAAAGAAGAGGGAUAUUCAUGCAUUAAAAGAAUUAGUAAAACAUUAUGAUUAGACAAAGAACAUGGUGGAUGUACACGCACGACUGCAUGGUAUGUUUGUGAGAUGUGUGUCAGUCUGUGUGCUUGUGUGCGUGUGUUUGUGUUUUCGUGUGCGGUGUGUGCUGUGUAUGGACAAGAGAGUGUUGACUUAUCUGUCGAUAAUUUUUUUUAAAGAUGUUUCGAUGUAAACAUGCGGAGGACCCACACCUUGUAUUUUUUUAGCCAGCCAUGCAUUUCUCACACCAGCCUGCUACAGGCAGACCUCUCGCUGCGAAGCUAAGGAGAGCUAUUAGUAGAUAAGGGGUUAAAAUAUUCUGCAGACCGUCGGGCCGAUAAAAACAACAAUCUUUACAUCGUGAGAUCUUCUCUACUGACUCAUGACCUCUCUCCUCUCUGCCUUCAUACCUCCUACCCGCUCUUUCCGUCCUUUCCCUUUUUAGGCGAUUUAAUAUUUAGGUUACCAUAAUUAUUAUUUUUUAAAUUAAUUUUUAAGGAAUACUGAGAGAGUCAAUGUAGCAUUGUCUGUAUUAGUCUAACUUUGAUAAACAUUAGUUGCCAAGGCGGUAGAGAUAAUGUAUGUGCUAUAUUCCACCAUCAACAAAGUAAUACAAACUUAUUUUUUGUUCGUCUAGAGCAGA